CAGAGAUCUGCUCACACACAAACACUCAUUCAGACUGACGGAGAAGCGUGUGUGGAUUCAGCUUUGACCGUGCGUAAAACGCUGCAGUGUGUUGUCUGAAGUAGGACAACAUGAUCCUGGAAAGGUCAUCAUUACCAGUAGUGAAGGAGUCUAUGAUCUGCUGAUAUCACAUCAAUCUCAACCAAGACCAGGUGGAACAAUGUCAACCUCUGCCCUGUUACCAUCACUUCCACCAAUAACAGCUCUGAACUGUUCCUUGGACCCAUCGAAUUCCUCACUCGCCAACCUCUCCUCAAUCGCUUACAGCGACGAGUGUUAUGGCAGCUAUUCUUUGUUCAUUGUCAUGGCGAUUGCUUACAGUGCUGUGGUGCUGUUGGGUGUUGUGGGCAACCUGGCUCUCAUCCUUGUCAUAGCACGGCAACGGGAACUUCACAAUGUAACAAAUGUCCUAAUCGCAAACCUCUCUGUUUCUGACCUGCUGAUGUCCCUGGUGUGUCUGCCGUUCACCUUCAUUUACACCUUCAUGGAUCACUGGGUGUUCGGUGCGGUCAUGUGUAAACUCAACAGUCUAGUUCAGUGCUGCUCCGUCUCAGUGUCCAUCUUCUCAUUGGUCCUGAUUGCUUUUGAGAGACACCAGCUCAUCCUCCACCCUCGAGGAUGGAGACCCAGCCUGAACCACGCCUGCCUGGGCAUCAGUCUCACCUGGGCCCUGGCCACUCUUACUGCCACACCCUUUCUGUUGUUCUCCAGGGUGACAGACACCCCACUGAAACAGCUGCCUUCAGUGUUUCAGGAGCAGUACAGGGGAAAGGAGGUGUGUGUGGAGGAGUGGCCAUCCAGAGAACUCAAGCUCACCUACACUACUGCCAUGCUGGUACUGCAGUACAUCACUCCUCUCACUUUCAUCUUCAUCUGUUACCUGAAGAUCUACACCCGUCUACAGCGGCGGAAUAACAUGAUGGACAGAAUGCGUGAAAACAAAUACCGGAGCAUUGAGAAUAAGCGUAUAAACAUCAUGCUCUUUUCCAUUGUUGUGGCUUUCGCUGUUUGUUGGCUCCCGUUAAACGUCUUUAACGCUGUCAUCGACUGGAACCAUGAAGUCGCCAUGAACUGCACCCACAAUCUUUUGUUCUCACUGUGUCACUUGUCUGCGAUGUGCUCUGUCUGCAUAAACCCAGUGUUCUACGGGUUCCUGAACCGCAAUUUCCAGCGUGACCUACGGACCUUCCGACUGUGCAAGAUUAUGUCAGCACGAGAGAAUGAAUACGACAUGGUUGCCAUGUCCACUAUGCACACAGAUGUAUCCAAGAUGUCGCUAAAAAUUAGUAGCCUAGAUCUCUAG